AGUCAGAGACUGUCUCUGCCCUGUCAUGCCCUGUCGUGCCCAGCAUCUCCUGUACUGUCUGAAGAGCCCAGAUGCCUGUCCAGCCUCCAAGCAAAGACACAGAAGAGAUGGAAGCAGAGGGUGAUUCGGCUGCUGAGAUGAACGGGGAGGAGGAAGAGAGCGAGGAGGAGCGGAGCGGCAGCCAGACAGAGUCCGAGGAGGAGAGCUCAGAGAUGGACGAUGAGGACUACGAGCGGCGUCGCAGCGAGUGCGUCAACGAGAUGCUGGACCUGGAGAAGCAGUUCUCGGAGCUAAAGGAGAAGUUGUUCAGGGAACGGCUGAGUCAGCUGAGGGUGCGGCUGGAGGAAGUGGGGGCUGAGCGGGCACCUGAGUACACAGAGCCUCUGGGGGGCCUGCAGCGGAGCCUCAAGAUCCGCAUUCAGGUGGCAGGGAUCUACAAGGGCUUCUGUUUGGACGUGAUCCGGAACAAGUACGAGUGUGAGCUGCAGGGUGCCAGACAGCACCUGGAGAGUGAGAAGCUGCUGCUGUACGACACCCUGCAGGGGGAGCUGCAGGAGCGGAUCCAGAGACUGGAAGAGGACCGCCAGAGCCUGGACAUCAGCUCCGAGUGGUGGGAUGACAGACUACACGCCCGAAGCAGCACAAAGACCUGGGACUCCCUGCCGGCCAGCAAGAGGAAGAAGGCUCCUCUCGUCUCUGGUCCUUACAUUGUGUACAUGCUGCAGGAGAUCGACAUCCUGGAGGACUGGACGGCUAUCAAAAAGGCUAGAGCAGCUGUGUCCCCUCAGAAGAGAAAAGCAGAUGGACCAUGAGCCUGCCGUUCAGAGCCGGGGGCCCCUCGGAGCAGCUGGCCGCAAAGCCAGGAUCCACAUUUUCCUGCUGUGAGAAGGCAGGCUGACAGGGUCUGUCCAGCCAGCUCCCCGGUACUGCUAGUGGAUCUUCCCCUCCAGCCAUCACUGGUCCGGACUCCUCUGCCCUCCUCGGGGGGCCUGCACAGCUGUGGCCCAGAGCUGCCCUAGCCAGGCAAGACUGUCUCCUCCGUCCCCAGCAAGUGCACUGGCGCCGCCUCCCAAAGGGCAGCCUCCUCAGUGCUGUCCCAGACAGAGAAGGUGGGACUCCUCUUACACCAAAGCAGCAUCCUUCCUGCUGAACUUGGACCAGUCACUGAGCCAGUGAGCUGGGCCCCAUUUCAUGGGAACUCUGAGCCAGACAUCAUAUUUUGGGGGGCCUGUCUUUUCUGGCUGCUGUUGGAGGUGAGAAGGCAGGUUCCCCAGGUCUUCUCCAGGAGGUUCUUGGUGUCUCCCAGAUUUCAGGGACUGGAAUUAAAAUCUUUCCUGGGACCUCGG